AUGUUUCAACUAUCAAUUCUCGCCGUUACAACGACAGUCCUCCUGGCUCUCCCAGCCAAUGCAGAUCUAUAUCCUAAAAGCUCGGCUGUUCUUUCUAUCGAUAGCAAAAUUUAUGAAAAUCACAUUUCUAAAUCUAACCAUACAACUAUCCUUGAAUUCUAUGCUCCUUGGUGUGGGCAUUGCAAAAAUCUUCAACCAGCCUACGAGAAAGCGGCAGAAAGGCUUAAAGGCCUUGCAAACGUUGCGGCCGUCAAUUGUGAUAAAGAAUCAAACAAAGGUUUCUGUGCUCGUUUUGGUAUAGAGGGAUUUCCAACUAUAAAAAUCAUCAAGCCAGGGAAAACGCCAGGGAAACCAAGGGUUGAAGAAUAUAACGGUCCACGAAGUGCUAAAGGGAUUGUAGAAACCGUUGUCCAGAAUAUUCCUAAUCUAGUGAAAACACUUCAUCGUGAAACGGCCGAAGAAUGGAUUAAAACUACAAAUGAAUCUCCGCGCGCAAUUCUAUUUACCGAAAAGCCAAAAGUUAGUGGACUCUGGAAGGCUAUAGCUAUUGAAUUCAAGGGAAAUGUUCAAUUUGCUCAGCUGCAAACUGAUCUGAAUGAAGAUAGUCAAGCCAAGUUGUACGAAAUUACAAAGUUGCCCACUGUAUUGUUACUGAAGCCUGGAGCUGAGGUUGAAAAACUUCGAUAUGACGGCGAAAUAAAGCGAGAAAAGCUUGUUGAAUUCUUAUCUCAGGUCGCGACACCUAAUCCUGAUCCUGCGCCAGUCACAGCCAAAAAAGACUCAACAAAAGCCGAUGAAGCUGAGACAACCCCACCAACUACUGCCCAGAAGCCUGCCUCUACCACUGAACCUGCACCAACGAUUCCCGCUUUACUUCAGGAAACUGAGCUAAACACUGAAUGUCUUGGAACUAAAACCGGAACCUGUAUUUUGGUAUUACUUUCGGGUACACCCGAUAAAGAAGCGAUAGAGAACAUUGGCUUUAUAUCAGAGCUUGCACACAAAUACAAGAAGCUGAAUAGAGUGUUGUUUCCAUUCUAUAUCCUACCUGAGAUGAAUCCAAAGUAUGCUACUAUGGCAAAGGAACUUUCCCUAGAUGAUAAAUUGAGUGUUAUAGCUGUCAAUGGAAAAAGGAUGUGGUGGAGACAGAUGCACCAACCUGAAGAUUCAAGCACUAAAGCAUUGGGGAAAACUCUUGAGAAUUGGAUUAGCUCUAUCCAGUUGGGCGAGGGAGAAAAAUUAAAACUUCCAUCCGGGCUCGUGGUCGAGAAUUUCGAGGAAAUAGUCGAGGAAAAAGUUGAGGAAAAUAAUUCGGAAGAAAAGUCUAAGAAUGAAAAUUCAGAAAAUAUCGUGGGUGAAGAGUUACAUGACGAACUUUAA